GUAACUGUCAAUGUGUUAGAAAAAAAAUCGGUCUCCGCUCCGAGCAGAACCGUCGAUUUUGCGAAAUUGCAAAAAAUAAAUGAAUUAACUCAAUUAAUUUACUGUGUAUUGUCUUGCACAGCACUCUACGUUGAUAUUUACUUCCAAAGACCCAAAAAAAUGGAUGUAUUGUCACGUCCAGCGGAAGAAUUUGGUAACGAUGAAACAUUGGAGCAUUUGUGGGCCGCGAGAGCUAUGGAGCACAGCGAUAUUUAUUUCAACGUGCUUUGCUCUGUGGAUACCAGAUGGCUUAGAUUGACGCCGCACGACGACCUCAUCUACACGCAUUUCCGACAAGACUUCCCUGACCUGGAUGUCUCCUACAUAAAAGAAAACGAAAUUAAAAAUAAUGCAAACAAAGCAAAAUGGAGAGUGUUCUGUGAAAAAUUCAAGAGCAUCGUCGAAGACUAUAGUUUUGGGACUCUAAUGAGGGCGGAUGCUAAAGGAGAUUACUCAGAGGAAAACACAAUGUUGGUCCCUCGAGUCCAGUUUUAUGCGAUAGAGAUAGCAAGGAACAGAGAAAGUCUGAACAAUGAAGUGAAAAAACGAUUCAAAUGCGCAUCCAAAGCUAACAUGGAAGCUCAAGAACUGAAAGCAGAACUGGCAGCAUAAGAUAUCCUUAGACCUUAAUCAUAACCAAUGCAUUUUAGGAUCUGUUGAAAAAAGUGAAAUUAUGAAUGUGCCUUAUACAUUCUUUUCUCACUUAUUCCCACUACAUUUGUAUAUAAAAAUACUCGCGAUCAUUAGAAUUCACUUAGGAGCUCACUUACUAACUUAGAUAUUCCAAUUGGAAGUCUGAUGAUAAAUCAAAGCAAUUUAUUAGAUAAGAUUUGCCAACCCUUUGAUGUAGGUAAAUGUAAGACAAUAUAGUAAGAGUAGCUUUUGUGUAUGUAUGAUUCUUGAAUGCAGAAUAAAAUGAAUUCUGUUUGUUCAUUAUG